GUGCACGGUUCAGUCAGUCGCGCCUCGGGGUGGUUCGAUCCUGGUGUGUGUCUCGCCGCUUCGUCGGUGUGUGCCAAGAUGUGCUCCUCUCGCGGUGGUGGCGGCGCGGACGCAUCGUGAUUACGCGCCCUUGCGGCACGUGGCCGGUGGUAGCGUACGCUGUGUACGCGACUGUCGCUGACGAGGUGAUUUCGAUAUCUCAUUUAAAGGAGAGAGAGAGAGAGAGUGUGUGUAUGUGUGUGCGUGUGUCGAACGGGACAUGACGUUAAGGAGGCACGAAGUUCCGCGGCGAUCGCGGAAAGACCCGGUAGCGAUCGGUCUACCCUCUUCCGUCAACUCUCUUCGCGGACCUCGAUAACGUACCCAGUGGACCGAGAGAGGGAGAGAGAGAGAGAGGAGAAGAGAGGAGGUCGACGCUGUUCCGCGAUUUUUACGUCGCGGAGACGGAGAGGAACGGAGUGUUCCUCUUUCGUGGGGGAGGAGGGCACGCGGGAAGCGUGCUACUCUUCGGGAAGAAACGCGUCCGCAUAAGCAGGCGCAUUCGACGAGCGCGAGGGGAUAAAGGGACGCCGGGGAUCGCGCCGGUGAUAUCGGUUGCGCGGCUGACGGAACCGACGCCGAGCGUCGGCCGAGCGCCGACACGGCGCGCGGCGUCGUCGUCCACGCAGUGUGAGCGCGCGCCCCGCGCCGAAACGCGUGGCGAUCUUCGGCUCUGAAAAACUCGGAGGAGCUCGGUCAGGUGGCCAUCGAUCUCGGGGGACAACGGAAUUAAGAGUGCCGCCGUUGGGGUUCCAAGUAGUGUCAUCCACCUCUGCGGGAACCUUCGGUGGAAAAGCUCUUGCAGAACGUUGAAGAACAUCGAGUGCCCGGUGUCGAUUGACCGUGAUCGUUGCCCAGUGUUAUCGGUGAAUAAUUAGUGAGUAAUCGGGCGACGAUUAUAUUCGCGCCGAGCGGCGCGAUGCGGCGCCGUGUCGCUCGUCGGCACGCCGUCGGUGGUAGCCGUCGGGAGGAGGCCGUCACGGCGACGUGCGGCGUCGUCGGCAGGGCCGCCGAAGGAUGGACGACGAACGCGAUAAGAGUCACGGUUACAUCAGCUGUCAGUGCGCUCGUCGGCGCGGCACGCGACGCCGACGUCGGCGUCGCCGUCGAUCGCCGCUGCUUACUUGCCGCGAUCGCCGGACAGUACGGGCGAGUCGCGCGGUGAUUCGCGUGUGAGGUGGAGGACUCGCGAUCGCCGGCACCUUGGAUGGAAGACGACGACGACGAAGGCGGCGACGACGACGCGACGCGAGAUGCCUGGAAUCGUGGUGUUCCGACGACGCUGGAGCGUCGGCAGCGACGACCUCGUCGUGCCCGGCGCUUUCCUCUUCAUCCUGCAUCUCAUAUGGUUGACAGUGCUAGGUGUUCUACUGGGGAUUCUCGAGUGGGAUCGUAGCGAUACCUGCAUUCUUUUCUUGUGGGAAUACGUGAUCGGAUAUGAAGGUCUUUUCGUGGUCUGCAUGGCGGUGGAAUUCUCCAUCUGCUUCCUGGCGACGAGGGGCAGCAUCCUGGACACAACGGCGAGAGCGCCGAUGCAGUACGUCCUUUACUUCCGACUAUUCUUGGUACUGGUCGAGACCGGAUGGCUGUGCGCAGGUGUUACUUGGCUAGUGCAUUAUUAUCAAACCUGUCCAGUGGACCAAGCUAAGGAUGUUAUGCUAGGUUUGGUGAUAUCGAAUUGGUGCUUGCUGGCGUUGAUGAUGGUGACCAUUUGGUGCACAUACGAUGCCGCUGGCAGGUCCUGGGUGAAGAUGAAGAAGUAUCAGCGCAGCAUGAGGGAGGCAGAAUCGAGGGGGGCAAGAUUGCAUUACAAACGCAGCGGCAGCAGAAGUCGAAAUUGGCGUCAACGAAAAGUUAUACGUGCCUACCAGGACAGCUGGGACAAUAGGUGCAGAUUGUUGUUCUGCUGCAUGGGUAAUUCCGACCGCAAUCGAAACUCGUUCGCCGACAUCGCCCGGUUGCUGAGCGACUUCUUCCGCGACCUGGACGUGGUGCCAUCGGACGUGGUAGCUGGUCUGGUGCUGCUCAGAAAAUUUCAAAAGAUCGAGCGCGAGUUGAUAGUUAAGCAGCGCAAGAACGACACGUACGAGUUCCUGUCGGGAGUGCCGGUCACUCCGCGCACAAAGUUCCUGUCCCUGACGGAAGACGGAGACUUGGGCCACUUCCAGUUGGCCAUCCAUUAUAUGCACUUUGCCCUCGCCGCCUACGGUUGGCCCAUGUUUCUCAUCGAUCCCUCCACCAAAAUCUGCCAGUUAUGCACCAGAUUGCAAUGUUGCCACUGCCUUCCGUGCGGCUCUCAUCACGAGGACAUCCCAACGAUCAUCGAGGACAAUUGCUGCCGAUGCAAUUACGCCGCCAUGAGCAAAAUGCUCGACUUUGGGGAGAUCGAAGUCGUCUAUACGACCUUUCACGUUGACGUUGGCGAGACGCCGUUCUACGUCGCGCUCGAUUACACCAAGAGAAAGAUCGUGAUCAGUAUACGAGGGACCUUAAGCAUGAAGGACGUGCUGACGGACUUGAACGCCGAGGGCGAAGUGUUGCCUUUGUCGCCGCCGAGGGAGGACUGGUUCGGACACAAGGGGAUGGUGCAGACCGCCGAAUAUAUACGCAAGAAGCUGCUGGAGGAGGACAUUAUCGGGCGUGCUCGCGCAAAGAAUUCCUCUAGGGGUACGCAUCAAUUUGGGCUGAUCUUGGUGGGACACUCGUUGGGUGCUGGCACGGCGGCGAUCCUCGCGAUCCUGCUGAAGCAGGAUUACCCGGACCUGAUGUGCUUCUCAUUCGGGCCACCCGGUGGACUGUUGAGUAUGCCUGCCCAGCAGUACACGCAGGAAUUCAUUACCUCGGUGGUGGUGGGCAAGGACGUAGUACCGAGAAUCGGGCUUCGACAGAUGGAAAGUCUGAGGGCGGACCUCAUCAACGCUAUAAAGAGAAGCGUCGAUCCUAAGUGGAAGACAAUAGCGUGCUCGGUGAUGUGCUGCGGCUGCGGGUCGACACCCACGUCGGCGGCCAACCUGGAGGCCGGUGGUUGCAUCAGCGAAUACCAGCGGGACAAGGACCGGGCGCGCGCACAGACCAUAGUACCCAGCGAUUCCAGCAUCGCUCUGACUCUGCACAGGCCCCUAUAUCCGCCAGGACGGAUCAUACACGUGGUGCGACAUCAUCCGAACAAGGGCGAGCAGAAGUAUGAGACGCAUUGGAGACAAGUGUUGAACAAGCACGACCCGGUGUACCAGGCAUUGUGGGCCAGUCCAUGCGAUUUCGACGAGGUGCUGAUCAGCCCGGUGAUGAUACAGGACCACAUGCCGGAUAACAUGUUACGCGCGUUGAACAAGGUUGUGACGACUCUGGGGCCGGCGAAGCCGCAGCGGCUGGCGUCCUCGACGGAGGGGUCGUCGGAGGCGGCGCGCGACCACCAGACGAUCGAGGUCCACGAGCUGGAGCUGCAGGAGCAGGAGAUGCGGGCCCUGCUGUCGCCAUCCAGCCCGUCCAGGUAUCAAUUGGGCCACCUAGCCGGCACGCCGCCGCACCGGCUCUGCCUGGAGACGAGCUUCACGUCGCUGCAGAGCCCGACGGACAUACCGCAGGCCGGUCGCGAGCUCAGCGUGGACUCCCGGGGUAUCCCGUGGGAGUACGUCAGCCUCGCCAGUGAGCUGCUCCACACGCCCCGGCCGGAAGACGGCAAACCACCGAGCCGUUGGGACGACCCGACGCGCACCGCACCCUUGGCCACGCCGGAGACGCUGUCGGAGGCGUCGACGAGCAGUCCGCCGUCGCCGGAAGUGCCGGCGCCCAGGCCGAUGCGACGCACCCCCAAGAUCCCGGGAAACUUGUCGACGGCGGCGGACGACCUGAAGAAUAAUCUGCACUACGCGAUGCUCUCGGCGAAGAACUACUUCCUGAGGACGGGGGAGCACGCGGGGGGCAGCAACAACGGCAGCAGCAGCGGCAACAGCGAGGCGAGUUACGAGAGCGCCAGGAGCCUGGCCGCCGCCGGUCUUCCGCCGCCGGUCCCGAGACGACGGGACUCCGUUAUCGUUAGGAGAGAACAACGGACGUGCACAGCAGCGUGUUGCAGGGACGAUUUGUCGGAGAACUCGUCGACCCACACGUCGUCGCACUCCUCGAGAGUCUCCCAUACCUCGCAUCGCGUCCAGGUGGAGUUCAACGAGGAGGAGAAUAACACCAACGGGUCCAGCUUGGAUUUCUACGAGGCGAAGGGUUCCUGCGGCCAGCGCGACAGUAGCAACGACGUCUUUCUUAGCGUGCGUAGUUCACCGGAGUGCAAAGGACUCAUGGCACCGGCCACGGAUCUAGGUGCCGAAUGGAAGAAAGGAAUCGAUGCUACAGGCGUGGGCGGCGACGCAUCGUUACCGCUUCUCCGAGGCCUGUCGCCCACACCGACCCCCGGUCAACACAGCUCGCCAUUCUUCAACGCCAAGCGGAAAAAAUACGUGUAUCCCAUUACGCUGGUGGGACGAGGAGAGAGCAGCGUCUAGUCAUAGAUUCUAGAUAAAUGCUGGACAUAAUCAACGAUUGUGAGUGAAGUCCUUCACUCGACAAACAAUCGUAAUGGAGGAAAUAAAAUAAUGGUAUCGCGCUCUGUGCGACUCGUGUAUGAUCCUCUUUAACUUCGACUAGAAGGAAUAUUUAUUGUGAGAGAACUUUUUAGCUCAGCGAAUUGAAAUAAAAUCAAUCGAGGACCAUGAGGCACGAUAACAGUAGUCAGAAGUAGGCGUUUGGAUAUAUGUGCCAAAUUCUUCUUCUUACCAAUUUCCUCUUCUUCCUCAAUCUACGAAUUUCUCAGGUAAUCAACCUAAACGGCAGUCUAAAAAACGUAUGAACGUAGGACAUCUUUGAAAUGCGUUUUUACGUCGCUUUUGCGCAUUUGCGAUUGUCCAUCUUCGAUUUACAGAUUUAAACAUACUUUCUUCGAUCAUUGUCCCGUCUUGAUACGAAUGUUUCGACUAGCAACGCAUUUCUUCGAGGUAUUACAGUUUGAUAAUCUUACUGUAAUAAUCACAAUUAUUAAACAAUAACUCGUUCAAACGGGAUUGCUUAAAUAUCAAUAACAAGAAGGUACUUGUGCAUGUUCCUAAGGACAAUGUUGAACAAUAGUCGAGCGAUUAUUUUAACAAUUAAUUAAUGAAGCUGGACGUUAAUUAUGCAAUAUGAAAUUAUCCAUCUUUUAGAGGAGGAUUUUCAAUUCUAUAUCAGAAAAGCUAUUCCUACUCUCGUCUAGUGUCAGAGAGAAAUACAUUUCUGCAACUAACUAUAAAUCUCUUGAUCGAGAUUAAAAUAUGUACUGCAUAUCGCAGUAACGGCCUAUUUUGUAUCAAUAUCGUUUAUUAAGAUCACAGUAGAAACCAUGAUUUUUAUAUAUUUCUAAAUGGAUUUGUCGAAUAAAAAUCAAAUCUCGCAUAUAUAAUUCUGUUCGAGUUUUUGAUAUAAUUUGUACUGUUCUUAGAACGUGCUUUAACAUACGAAUCGAUAUGGCGUAGUAAUAAUUAUUCAGUACCUUUUUAUUACACUCUAGUCAAAUCUCUCGAGUUUGACGAUGAUACUUAGGGCGAAUAAAGAAAUACUUCGCGAAACGUUAUCGCGAUUAUAUAUAGUCAAAAGGAAAUGCGAUUGUCAAGUAUAUGACCUUUCUUGAGGAUAAGCUUAAGAAUCGGAGUUUUGAUGUCGCUGUACUUAUGUAAAAAAAAAAUAGCACCAAGUGGCAUUUAAAUUCUAGUCAAUAUAACGUAUGCUUAGAAAGUGUAACAUUUAUUGUAACCUUAGAG